ACCCCAGCCUGGCACAAUGUUCGCGGGCAAGCCGUCGGCGGAGCGGCAAAAGCAGCAGGCCAAGGAGGCGUCCAACGCCAUCAAAAAGGAGGGCCGCUCCGUCGAUCGCGAGCUGAACCAGAUGCGGCGCGAGGAGACCAAGCUGACGGCGAUGAUCAAGGAGGCGGCCAGGCGGCCGGGCGGGCAGCAGAACGCAAAGGUGCUCGCCAAGCAGCUUGUCAGGAAUCGAGAGCAGCAGGCGCGGCUCCUCAAGAUGAGCGGGCAGAUGAGCGCGACCGCUAGCCAGGUGCGCUCGAUGGGCUCGCAGGCUGCGGUGGCGGGCUCGAUGGCGUCUGCGGCGAGCAUCAUGGGCAAGGUGAACGCGCAGGUAAACCCUGCCGCCGUCGCCGCGACGAUGCAGGAGCUGGAGAAGCAGAGCGCGAUGAUGGGCAUGAAGGAGGAGAUGGUCGACGACGCGAUGGAGGCGCUGGACGACGAGUGGGGCGACGAGGACGACGACAUUCUCGCACAGGUGAUGGAUGAGAUUGGCCUCGAGCAGACAGCGGCGAUGCAGUCUGCGCCCGCUCGCGCCGUCGCCACGGGCGCGGCGUCGGCGGGCGGCGGUGGCAGCAGGCCGCAGCAGGGCGAGGCGGGCGUGCAGGCGCUUUGAGGCCCCUCCGGGGGGAGCAGCGAGCAGCUUCGCGUGGGGUGGACGUGGUGGAGAGUACGGAGCUAUCUCAUCGGUGACAGCCUUCAAGAGAGAGAAAUGAGCAAGCGUACGCGAGUGUGUUGUGGCGCCGCACUUGAGAGGGAAGGUCGAGGGUAAGGUAAGGUAAGGUAAGUGCGGCGGUGGACAUGCU